UGAUGUGCGAUUUUUUUAAAUUUUAAUUUUAUGGUUCAAUUUUAUGACAUGCAAUUACAAUUACAUGUUCGUUAUAUUGUAUAUAUGCCAUGGAUUUUUUGGUUAGGGUUUAUCAUCGUUUUAUCAUCGGUUUAGUGGCUAAUCUAUUAUAAUGUAGAGAUUUAAACUGAUUAUGCUAUUGGAUCUUCGUUAUUAAGGGUUGUUUUGACUUGAAUUUGGAUUUGCAUGUUCUGUUUUGUGGUUUUGGAAGUUGAAAAGUUUGAACAACGUUGUCAUCAAAAUUGUUACUGUUGUGGAUUUAUAUCUUCUGGAGAUGGAUCAAUUUGAUUCAUACCAUAACUGGGAGAAAUUUAUUAUUUGAAACCAACUUUAUUGGAUUUUUGGGUUUAAAGGUUAAUUAUUUCAUUAAAGGUGGAAAUUAAAAAAAAUUAUUUUUUUAAUGCUAAUAUUGUUUGAAUUUUCUUCACACUUUGUGGCAUUAAUAAACUAGUGAACUGAACUUAACGUAGUUAUUUACAAAUCAUGUUUGUAUUUACUGUGUGUGUAUUUAUUCAAAGUUUCCAUAAAAAUAAUCUGUUUUUGACUGAUUUAAAUUUGUUGUGGAUUUGUUCUUUUCAAAAUUAAUGAAAAAUACUGAUUUUUUUCUUUUAAAAUGGUGUCUUAAUUACUAAAGCUUCUUGGUUAUUAAAUGAUUUUUUUCUCUCAUUUGGGAAUUAAUCAAGAAAAUAUUGAGUGCUUUGUUAAUUCACACUGGACUCAUUCAAGCAGGGUGUAUGUUUUGAAUCCAUCAAACGUUGUUGAGUCUCUAUUAUUGUUUCAUUCCCUAUUUUUUUUUACUACUAUACUAUGAUAAAUCAUAUUUGAACUAUCUUGCAUAUGAUUCUGAUUAUUCAUUUAACUAGUUCAAACUUUUUUAUUCCUGUUUUAUUAACUCGAUAGUUGAAUGCAAUUAUCUGAUGUAGUCAUUAAAUUUUUUACUAAACAAGUAUUGUGAUCUGUCAUUGAUAAAGAAACUAUUUUCGUUAUAUACAUUAGUUAGUAGUAACCAAUGCUCUUAAAUAGCAGCUAUAGCGCCGCAACCGCUAUUGCGGCGCUAUACCAUUAUAGCGUAGCGGAAUUUAGACAUAUCACUAUCGUUUACGAUACGCCAUUUAGUACCAAAUGUUAUAAAAUUAGAGGCUGUUGUGGUGCCAUAGCACUACUGCAUAGCAGUAUUUUAAGAAUCCGUUUUUUUUCACAAUCCGCAAUGAACAUCCCUGAACAUGACUAUAUGAAAGUUUUGCUGUAAAAAAAAAUAUAUGAUGGUUUUUGUAAAAAAAAAAUACUGCAUGAAGCUUAAACAAGCAACUUAAUUAAUGUAGCAUGAAAUGAUUGAAUAGAUCUUGAAAUAAAUAAAAUGCGUUUAUCGAACAGUUUUUUAAAGUGGUCCUGCUUCAUAUUUCAAUAUAAAUGAUUUUUUUUUAAAUGUUUCUGUUUCGAGUUUAAUUCUAUUUCCCUUAAUAAUGUUAAGCAUGGUAGAGUAUUGAUUUAGUCACGGCUUACCAUACAAGAUGCUCUAGUCCUUAUCUAAGAAUAGUUUAGAAUUACAUGAGAUCCAGAACAGUGUUAACAAAUAUUUGCCGCAGCCUUGGCAACGUUUUGGCAGAUAUAUAUGGCAGUUUUCGGGCUCGCCACAAUGGUAAAUACGCCAUAAUCCACUAUAACGGCGCCGCAAAGCAGCCAAUAUGGGUGGUAAGAUAGGGAGUCAUCAGUCAUAGCGUGUGUAUAGUAUAGACUGUAUUUACACAUUUUAUCAUGGAAGUACUUCCUUGUUCUGGCGUUCAAUAUGCCGGGGAAUCUGAUUGCCCUCAACGCGGUUCAGAAACAACUUUUAUCUACCAGGAAGGACCUAGUUGCCCUGAAAACGCCGAACAAGCUAAAUUGGCAGAUGAUCCACUGAAUGAAUCACUGCAUAACAUGCAAGGGCCAGAGAUAGAAAUGCAAGAUGACGGGACACAGAAUGUGUGUGCUCCGUUGACUAAUUCGAAUUGCCAAUGCAAUGGAGCUUCGUGUUGUGACUGUCAAGCAGAAGAUCAAAAGAAUUACAGUGGUUUCGUUGAUUUUGAUGAUGAAAUGAUGAAUGAACGUUACCUAACCUCUGAGAAUUCUCUCGCUGUUCAUGAUACAAUUGAAAAUGAAUCACCAAACAACGGUAGGGAAGGAGACUUGUCAUUUUCUGAACCCCAGUGGCUAGAGGGAGAUGAAUCUGUUGCAUUGUGGGUCAAGUGGAGAGGGAAGUGGCUGGCUGGUAUCCGAUGUGCAAGGGCUGACUGGCCAUUAUCAACUUUGAGAGCAAAACCAACUCAUGACCGAAAGAAGUAUUUUGUCAUAUUUUUUCCGCACACGAAGAUUUAUUCUUGGGCAGAUACGCUGCUGGUUAGGUCAAUUGAUGAGUUUCCGCAUCCUGUUGCAUACAAGACUCAUCAGGUAGGACUGAAAUUAGUAAGGGACUUAACAGCUGCACGGCGGUUUAUAAUGCAAAAGCUAGUUGUUGGCAUGUUGAACAUCGUUGAUCAGUUUCAUCUUAAUGCUUUAACAGAAAUUGCUCGCGAUGUGAAGGUCUGGAAGGCAUUCGCCAUGGAGGCUUCUCAUUCUAAUGGUUAUUCUGAUUUUGGAAGAAUGCUUUUAAAGAUACACAAUAGCAUCCUGGGGCAAUACAUAAGGGCUGAUUGGUUACAGUAUUCUUCUCACUCUUGGGUUGAACGAUGUCAGAGUACAAAUAGUGCGGAAUCGGUAGAACUGCUGAAGGAGGAAUUGUUUGAUUCUAUUUUGUGGAAUGAUGUCAACAAUCUCUGGGACUCACCAGCACAACCAAUAUUAGGUUCUGAAUGGAAAACCUGGAAGCAUGAUGUAACGAAAUGGUUCUCAGCAUCACCUUCCUUGUCUAGCAGCAAAGACACUCCUAAACAGAUUUCUGUUGAUCCAUACCAAACAAACCUGCAGGCUUCUAGAAAAAGGCCUAAACUUGAAGUUCGUCGUGCAGAUACACAUGCUUCAAAAGUGGAGUUUAAGGGUUCAGAUCACACUAUUGCUCUUGUGAAUGACCCUGGUUUCUUUAAGAAUCAGGAGACAUUGAGCACAUUAACACCCGAGACUUUUAAACAUGAAAAUAUUAGAAAUGUAUCUAUCACAAAUGAUAUGUCCAGUAAUUUGACCAACAAUUGGAAUGAAAUUGUAGUUGAGGCUGCUGAUUCUGGAUUCUUGCAUGCCAAAGAAAUUGAAUCAACACCUAUAAAUGAAAUGGUUGCUGUAAACUCUGUGGAUCCUGGUAGUAAGAAUCGACAAUGUAUAGCUUUCAUUGAAGCCAAAGGAAGACAGUGUGUGAGAUGGGCAAAUGAGGGAGAUGUAUACUGUUGUGUGCACUUAUCCUCUCGUUUUUUGGCCGGCUCAGCAAACGCCGAAAACCCGGGUCAAACUGAUACUCCUAUGUGUGAUGGUACAACUGUUGUGGGUACUAAAUGUAAGCAUCGGGCUCUACCUGGAUCAUUAUACUGUAAGAAACAUCGGCCUAAUGCUGAAACAGAACAGGUCUCAUGGUUACCCCAAAGUACUAUAAAGAAGAAACAUGAAGAAAGUUAUACUGGUUCAGAGAACAUGUUCUGUAAAGACAUAGUAUUGGUAAAGGCUGAAGGUUCACUGCAAGUGGAUCCAGCUCCAUCCGUUGCUGGUGAUUCAUUACAUGGAGAAAACAACUUGUCUGAGAAGCCAAUGCAUUAUGUUGCACUGGAGGCUCCGAUCUGUAUAGGAUCUCCUCCAUUUGAUAAUACAAAUCCUUGUAGGGAAGCUCCUAAGCGCUAUUCCUUAUACUGUGAAAUCCACCUUCCAAGUUGGCUUAAACGAGCAAGAAAUGGGAAGAGUAGAAUAGUAUCAAAAGAAGUGUUCUCAGACCUUUUGAGGGGUUGCAGCUCGUGGGAGCAAAAGAUACAUCUGCAUGAAGCCUGCGAGCUUUUUUAUAGGCUAUUCAAAAGCAUUUUAUCAUUAAGAAACCAAGUCCCUAAGGAUGUCCAAUUUCAAUGGGCUUUGACCGAAGCCUCUAAAGAAUUUGGUGUUGGGGAAUUUUUUACUAAGUUGGUUCUUAGUGAAAAAGAGAGAAUCAAAUCAAUGUGGGGAUUCAAUGAUGACAUGAAUGUAUCAUCUGUAAUAGCAGAAGAACAACAACAACCACUCUUGCUCUUGCCACCCACAAUUAAUCAGAGCUGUGAUGAUGAAAAUGCCAUUAAGUGUAAGAUAUGUUCAACACAAUUUCCUGAUGACCAAACACUUGGUAACCACUGGAUGGACAGUCAUAAAAAGGAAGCACAGUGGCUGUUUAGAGGCUAUGCAUGUGCCAUUUGUCUGGAUUCUUUUACUAAUAAGAAACUAUUGGAAACCCAUGUUCAGGAGAGACAUCAUGUGCAGUUUGUCGAACAGUGUAUGCUUCUCCAGUGCAUUCCUUGUGGGAGUCAUUUUGGAAAUUCUGAACAAUUAUGGCAGCAUGUUUUAUCAUCUCAUCAUGUUGAUUUUAAGCCAUCUAAAGCUCCGGAGCAGCAAACUUUCUCUACUGGCGAAGGUUCACUGGUAAAACAUGACCAGGGAAAUUCGGCUGCUUUGGAAAAUAAUUCUGAGAAUCCAGGUGGUCCACGGAGGUUUAUUUGCAGGUUUUGUGGGUUGAAAUUUGAUUUACUACCUGACCUAGGACGGCAUCAUCAAGCUGCUCAUAUGGCGCCCAAUCUGGUUAGCAACCGUCCCGCUAAGAGGGGGGUUCGCUAUUAUGCAUAUAAAUUAAAAACUGGCAGGCUAAGCCGCCCUAGAUUUAAAAAAAGUUUGGCAGCCGCGGCCUCAUUAAGGAUGAGAAAUAAAGCUAAUGCUAAUUUAAAGCGAUGCAUUCAGGCAACAAAGUCAAUCGGUGUGGAAGAAACAACCGUGCAACCUCAUAUAACAGAAACAACAAAUAUCAGUGGAUUGACAGAACAUCAAUGUUCAGCUGUUGCCAAAAUUUUGUUUUCAGAAAUUCAGAAAACUAAACCUCGGCCUAACAAUCUUGAUAUUUUAUCAGUUGCUCGCACUGCUUGCUGCAAAGUUCAUCUAGUAGCAUCACUGGAAGAGAAAUUUGGAGCUCUACCUGAAAGGCUCUAUUUAAAGGCAGCAAAACUUUGCAGUGAGCGUAAUAUUGUUGCGAAAUGGCACCAUGAGGGAUUUGCUUGUCCCCGAGGUUGCAACUUGUCAAAGGAUCAAGGCUCACUAUCUCCUUUAGAAUCUCUUCCAAAUGGUUUCGUAAUGUCAAAAUCUGUAAAUUUGUCUGAUCCUACGGGUGAUGAGUGGGAUGUUGACGAGUUUCACUGCAUAAUCGAUGCACAAAGUUUACAAUUAGGUUCACGGAAAAGGGCUACUGUAUUGUGCGAUGACAUUAGCUUUGGGAAGGAGUCAGUUCCAGUUAUUUGUGUAGUAGAUCAAGAACUUCUACAUUCUCUAAAUGAGCAAGGGUUUAAUGAACAAGAUGUAAUCUCUUCUAAACCUUGGGAGAGUUUUUCCUAUGUUACGAAGCCAAUAAUUGAUCAAUCCCUAAGUCUUGGUUCAGAGAGUCCACAAUUGGGAUGUGCCUGCUCAUAUUCUACCUGCGGUCCUGAAACAUGUGAUCACGUAUACCUAUUUGGUAAUGACUAUGCUGACGCAAAAGACAUAGCUGGGAAACCAAUGCGAGGCAGAUUCCCAUAUGAUGCAAAUGGUCGAAUAAUAUUGGAGGAAGGUUACCUUGUCUAUGAGUGUAACCAUAUGUGCAGAUGCAACAAAUUCUGUCCAAACAGAAUAUUACAGAACGGAGUACGAGUCAAAUUGGAAGUCUUCAAAACAGAGAAAAAGGGAUGGGCAGUAAGGGCUGGAGAAACUAUUCUACGCGGAACAUUUGUGUGUGAGUACAUAGGAGAGGUUUUAGAUGUACAGGAGGCACACCGCAGGCGCGAAAGAUAUGGCGAAGGGAAUUGCAGUUAUUUCUACGACAUCAAUACUCGAGUUAAUGAUAUGAGCAGAUUGAUGGAAGAACAGGUUCAAUAUGUGGUUGAUGCUACUAAAUAUGGAAAUGUGUCGAGGUUCAUCAAUCAUAGCUGCUCACCGAAUCUUGUGAGUCACCAAGUUCUUAUAGAGAGCAUGGAAUGUGAGCGUUCACACAUUGGUUUUUAUGCAAGUCGAGAUAUUUCUGUAGGCGAAGAGCUGACAUAUGGCUUUCAGUAUGAGCUUGUGCCCGGUGAAGGAUCUCUCUGUCUUUGCGAAUCAUCAAAUUGUAGAGAACGACUUUACUAGAACCUCGACGCUGCAUGUGCUUCUGCAACAAGAUUUUCAGAUUUGCCAAUUUGAGCCUAAAUUAACAAGAUGAAAUGAAAUCAAUCAAUCUCCUGACACAAGCAACCUGUAAAGUAGUCGCAGCUAUAAUUUAUUGGCCGGCUCUAUAGAAAACUUCAUAGGAUUCAAGUGAUUUGGAUUUUUAGCCGGCCACAUUCCGUCUGCCUCCGUCUCUGGUAGAGUAUGUCUUAGUAGCUUAGUGCACAAUCUUUCUCCUCUCUAAUGCUUAAGUCUAUAAUUUUUCUCCAUGGAAAACUUAGGAACAUCUCUCUCUUUGUUUUCUUCCCUAUCUUAUCCCUAUCAACUUUCCAAGGAAAGAAACUCCAGUCAAAAGUCCUGCAGGAAACGAAAGAAAUGUCUCUGCAGUUCUUAUAUAUGACAUCUCUCUUCAAUUUGGAUCUAUGGUUCAAUUUCAUUAUUAGUAGUGUUCUGGGAUUGUACUUGUACAUAUGUUUAUACCUUUUUGAUAUAUUUGCUCCUCACUUUCUUUUGCUGA